AUGGUGCAGGAAGAGGAAGAUAUUCAGGACUACAAUUUGAAUGAGAAACAGAAGGUGACCAAGGCCAAGUAUCCUCCAGUCAAUCAGAAGUACGAAUAUUUGGAUCAUACAGCGGAUGUCCAGUUACACCCAUGGGGAGAUACUCUGAAGGAAGCUUUCGAGCAAUGGGCAAUGGCCAUGUUUGGUUACAUGACAGGUACUGAGACGGUGGACCCUCUCCAAGCAAUAGAAGAAGAAAACCAGGGAGACGAUUUACAGUCUCUUCUGUUUCACUUUUUGGAUGAGUGGCUUUAUAAGUUUAGUGCUGAUGAAUUCUUCAUACCCCUGGAAGUGAAAGUACUUAGUCUUGAUCAAGUAAAUUUCAAAUUACAGUCAAUUGGGUGGAGAGAAGAAUUCUCAUUGUCCAAGCAUCUUCAGGGAACUGAAGUCAAGGCAAUAACAUAUUCAGACAUGCGGGGUCUAUACUGA